AUGUCUUCUUCUUAUGUGAUUUAUUUAAAUUCUUUAUCUCAAACAAUAUCAACCUACGGUAGUUUAGCAUUGUUUGUAUUGGGAAUUUUCGGUAAUUUUGUGAAUAUCAUUCUCUUUACUUUUCACCGUCAACUAAACAAAUUGCCAACAACUACAUUCCUUGUAGUUUCGUUUUUGGCAAGUCAAGUCAAUCUAUGCAUUGUAUCAAUACCUCAGCUACUAUCUCGAUUUGCUGGAAGUGAUCCAUUGACUAAAUAUCCAAUCUUGUGUAAACUACGAUGGUUUUUUGGACCCGUAACAGCAAUAGUAGGCCUACAUGGGUUUUGUUUAGCUAUUAUCAAUCAAUAUCUGUUAACAUCAAAACAUAUUCGUUAUCGUCAAUUGAUAACAAGAAAUCGAUCCUAUUUUAUUUGUCUAACGGUAAUAUUUUAUGCACUUGUAUUUCUGACUCCAAAUUUAUUCUAUUUUACACAUUGGAUUAAUUCAUCAAACAAAACAAUAUGUGACAUAAUCAAUCCAAUAGCUGCGAAUUAUAAUGUUUAUAUAGGUCUUGUUGUCUAUUGUUUUAUUCCGAUUCUUACUUUAUCAAUAUUUUCUCUGUUAAUGUGGUUAAACGUACGAAGAAUCCUAGUACGUCAACACGAGAUGGAACAGACAAUGACUCGCUUAUUAAUCGGUCAAAUUAUCAUGGUUUUAUUAACAACAGUUGCUUUUGUAAUCCAUCGGAUGUAUUUCCUGUAUACUAAGAAUCUUUCGAAAAGUUCUCUCCAACUGGCAGAAGAAAAUGUUAUUUCAGCUGUCGCUGUAUUGUUUAUUACAAGUACUCAUUGGAUGUCUUUUUAUGUUUAUGUCUUCACAUCAAAGACGUUUCGUCAUAACUUAUCUGACAUUAUCUUUAGACAGCAAGGUCAAAUUCGACCAGCAGUGGCUAAAACACGAACUCCCGCUCACAAAACAUAA